UGGCUGAAAGUGAGGCUGAAACAAAAUGGAGGUCUAAAAAAUUCUCCGGUAAAAGUUUUCUUAUUUUCAGGCGUAGAGGUAAAUAGACGAUUACAAACGUGUUACUAUUAGCUAUUAUCUAAUGUUGGAUAUGUCCUGAACAGUCGUAGGAUAUAUGAAGGAUAGUAUACUACCGUGGUGAGUGAAAAAAUUGAUUUAUACGAACUGCACGUACACCAGUCCUUUGUGUAAGAGAUCUGCCCAUAAUAAAUCAGUAAUGCCGGGUAAAGCCAAAAAGGCUCGUGCACGUAAUACCACUAGGCACACUAGAUCAAGUUCAGAAAUGUCAAAUGAUGAGGGAAAGGUUUGUGAUACUGAAGAGACUGAUAGUGAGGAGACAGCAUGUGCCACGCCCAAAGGGAAUCCUGUAGUAACAGAUAAUGUCAAUAUUAGUGAAGAAGGACGGAUCCUUAUUGAUCGUAUGGAAUGCUUGAGUAGAGAAAUCACGAAACAAAACUCGGAAUUUCAUGAUGAAAUGAAUGUAUUGAGAGAUGAUAUUCGAAAAAACACAAAUGACAUGAAAAAUGCAUUUAAGGAGGAAAUAAGUGAACUGAAGAGUGGUAUCACCUAUGCCCAGGAAGUCAGUGAGGAGAACAAGAUCAAAGUAGAGGAACACGAAGAAUGUCUUAAGGAUAUUCAAAUUCAAUCAUCUUCCAUGUCUACUGCUAUAAAGAAUAUGUCAUAUCAAUAUAACAAAAUGUAUGAUGAACUGAACACUAAACUUCUGGAUAUGAAUGUGUACUCUCGUAGAAGUGCACUCCACUUUCAGAACAUUCCUGAGGAGGAUGGCGAGAAUCCAGGAGACGUAAUGAAGCACUUCUUUGUCAAUAGACUUAAGAUGUCGAAGGAUGAGGUGCAAAAUAUUCGCUUCGAGCGUGUACAUCGAAUCCCACUUGGUCCUAAAGAAAAGUACAGAUUCACUAGAACAAUGACCGUGAAAUUCAACUGGUACCAGGAUAGAGAGACAGUGUGGGGAAAACGUUUUAGUCUUAAAGGAUCAAAUAUAUACGUUACUGAGAGCUUUCCAAAGGAAGUUGAGGAUAACAGACGCCUGUUGAUGCCAUAUUUCAAAAAGGCCAAGGAACUAAAAUGGAAAUGUGCCAUGAUCGCAGACACCCUUAUAGUGAAAGAUGAGCGAUAUAAGAUUGGAGACAUACAAAAAUUACCAAUGGAACUUUUGAAUGACAACUCAUCAAUGCGAGAUUUGGACACGGUAUUUUUGUACAAUUCGUCCACAUCCCCCCUUGGCCCAGAUAGCUGCACACCCUUUGAAUGCGACGGCACGAUGUUCCGUAGUGUGACGCAAUACCUAGCCUAUAAUAGAGCUAUCGUAAUGAAGGAUCAGCGUACUGCAGACAAGGUGCUACAAUCAUCUGACCCCAGACAAAUCAGAAGGCUUAUAUCUGAAAUCAGAGGAAGUGAUGGCCAAUCAUGGAGAAAACGCACUGACGUCCGCGCGAUGGCAAAAUCUAUACACAGUAGAUCAGUUAUGCUGAAAUCGACCGCUGUAAUGCUCGUAUAAUGUGCUCUAUAAACCACUAAAUGGUAUGUAUAAUGCGUGUAGAUUUUUUAAGCGGUCAAAAGUAAGCGAAUGGAGUGCUUUGGAAAUGCAAAAAUCAAGUUGUAUAUAUGUUUGGUUAGCGCUUGAAACUUGGCUUUUGGCCAAGCUGGAUUACUCGUACUGUAAAUUAUGUUACAUUAGCAAGCGCCUGAAAAGUGUAAACUUUUGCUUCUUUUAUUUAUUAUCAAGUGUUUUAUAUAUGGGAAAUGAAGAUAUGAAUGUAAAGUAUGAAUGGAAUGAAAGCUGGAUGAAUGUUAUGUUGGUUUGGACAAAUUAUUUGUUAGAAAUUGAAUAUUUUAUAUGCCUCGAAUUAUAUGUGCAAGGACUAUUGGAUAAUUGUAUUGUAUUUUACUCAAAGCUUAUAGUGUGCUGCUACUAAAGGUCCAAACACAAAUUUAAGAUUAUGCACUCUUAAUGUAAGAGGCAUUAGGAGUCACUCGAAGAGAAGAUCUAUAUUUUUAUA